GCUCGGAUUUCCUGGCAAUGCUCAAAACGGGGAUUGCAUUGUAGUAAAACAGAGAAACAUUUUCAGAGGAGGUUUCAAUUCAGAGAAUUUAGAGGCAGAGCGGAGAACAGAAAGCAGAAGCACUCACCCUUCUUGGAGCCAGGGGUUAAAAAGUGUGAAGACGGGCAAAUUUUUUUCUAGCUUCAGAACAGCACAGUGCAUUUCCGGAGAUAAAGCUUGUACACUUAUACACUUUCCAGUUGUCACAAGCCGCCUCGUUUUUGUUACAGGAGACCCACGCAGCUACUCCUCUCUACAUUGCUGAUCACAGGCCUAGGAGACUUCCAGAACCAUGGAGACGCCACUGCCUAUCUGCUUCCUUUCAAUCUUCAUUGUGACAGGGGCUUCUCUGGAAUGCGAGACUUGUGCAGGCGUUGGGAAUACCUGCAAUGGACCUAUGGAAACGUGCUCUCCUGGUUUUGACAUGUGUGCUGUUACUCUGUCGGAGGCCAGACUGGGAAUGAAGAUGAACUCCGUUGUGAAACACUGCGUGCAAUCCAAAUCUUGCAAUGAUGGCACCUCCAUCAUCAAUUUGGGCAAGACAGGAGGACUACUGAGCCAAGUGUUUUGCUGCGUUGGAGCCAAGUGCAAGACAAUGACCCCCACCUUGACACCCACAAGAAGCAAACCAAAUGGGAAGUUUUGCCCAGCCUGCUAUGCUAUGAACAGUGAAUGUGAGGAGGAAUGGGUUCAAUGUAAUGGAGAGGAGAACUACUGCCUUGAUGUUUCUGGAACUACAGACCUAGGAACAUUAGCUGUUAAGACCACCAUGAAGGGCUGUACGAACUCUCCAACCUGUGAGGAACUGGAAGAACAUUCCGGCUCAAUAUCUGGGAUCACUAUUACUUCCUCAAGCAGUUGCAGGCCAGCUGGCAGCACCUCUGGAGGCCACAGGAUCGUUCCAGGAUCAUUUGGACUCUUCCUUGCAGCCCUUGCUGGCCUCCAGUUUGUGAUGCACCUCCCAUGAUUUCGCCCCCUAGGUUGUCUGGCUUGAGGAAUUCCUUGCUGCCGCUUGCUUGCUUGCAUAUGCAGACUAUAGGCUUUCCAGAGCUCUCACUGACCUCAGCAAACACCAGGGAUAGGGCACCAAAUAUGGGCCUUCUAGACCUCUCUAUGUGGCCCUUUGCUUCCUAACCUUCUGGAGUGUUUUUGUCUGUCUGGAAUGAACUUAGCUCAAAUACAGCCGCAACACAUGGCUAAUAAGUAUGGUAAAUGUAUUAUUAGUUGUAGUUAGAAUAUAAUCCAAAAUUUACAAUUCAUAAACAUCGUUAUAUAAUGUAUGUAUAAGUCCAUAAACAAGAAAUAAUCAACAUAAUGAAUUGCUGUCAGGGAACACCACGACGCAGGCAGAAUCCCUUUCAAUAGAUAAUGUCCAACAGUAUUGUACUGGUGGUUGCUCCCACGUGUAGAAUUCAAUAAUGAAUAGCAAACAAGCAGAACAGUGUUUCCGGAUUAAAUCAACUGUUUCGAAGAUGAAUCUUCGUCAGCUAAUAAUAAAAUUAAAUAUGUUACAUACAAUGUAUGAAAACAAAAAUAGCAGCGACCAACCUGAAUAUUAGAUAAUAAAUAAAAAAUGAACAAAUGUGGAAUACAUACCAAAUAAUUUCUAAUAAAUUAUCCAUUCAGGUAAAUGUGAUACUUAUAGACCAGUGCUCACUAACUGGUGUAACCAACUGAUGCUGGUAAUACAGAUGUAUUGAACUUUUAAGGCUGUUCACAGGUGUAUCAAAUAACAUGCAGUUAAAGGAGAUUUAAAGCUACAGUGUAUCAAAUUUGGCAUCACAAUGCAAACUAAAACCAUAUGUCACAGACUUUAAAUGAAAUGGAAUGAACUUAGGGCCUGAUGGUGGAUAGGGAAGGGUGAAUAAGUAUGUGCAGAGAAAUUAACUGAAUGUACUAUGAUUCACACCCACUGCACUGCCCAUUCUUGUCGCCGCUGAUAUGUGGUCCUCAGAAGGCUACAAAGAAUGGAAUAUGACCCUUGGGUUGAGAAAGCUUCCCCACCAAUUCUUUGGCUGACCACUUCUGGCCUCCAGCGAUCACAGGUAAUGAAAAGGGUGGUUCUUGUUUUCAGGCUGUAACUGAGCAGUUAUCUACCAGCGGUUCCUAAAUAUCAGGUACAGCUGUACCUUGGUUCUCAAAGAGAAUGCAUUCCAGGAGUCCAUUCGACUCCCGGAAUCAUUUGAAAACCAAGGUAUGGCUUCCGAUUGGCUGCAGGAGUGUCCUGAAAAUUGUUCAGAAACUGAAACACUCACUUUCCAGGUUUCGCUCAUUCUGGAGCCGGUUUGUUCGGGAGCCAAGGCAUUUCAGAUCCAAGGGAUGACUGUACUGAACAAUGCACAUACCCAGUAUUUUUGUUGGGGGGGGCAGGACUUUUGUUAGAGGGGCAGAGUCAACAUGAUUGGUCAGUUCGUUCAGUAUUUCUAUUAUUUUACUUGAGUCGGGGGGGCAGCUGCUCCCCUGCCCCCCCCCCGUACUGAACCUGGAACUUUCUGCAAACAGUGCAUGUGCUCCCUCAUAGAGCUGCAACUCCACCCCCCCCAGUUCUUCUCUACCUGCUGCUAACUGCACAAACUAAACU